AUGUCAAACAACGCAAGUCUUGUGCCUGUGAAAGACUUGAAACCAUCCAAGACUAAAUGGCGAUCUCAAGUGAAAGUUCUACAUUCAUGGCUUCAAAACACUGGUUUUGGUGGGGAGACUCUUCAAAUGAUUCUGACCGAUGAACACGGUGAAAAGAUUACUGCUUAA